ACCUUCGGUCCGCUCAAAAUAAGUGUCUUUGAGAUGGAGUUCCUAUAGGAGCGGUUGGAAAGCGAGGCUCGUCGGGCGGCAUGCGGGUCUUGUCACUCGUGAUCGCGUUGGUGCUAGAGGCGGCAGCGCACGAGUGCGAGCGGUUUAGCAACGACGGCGGUGACUACUAUGAGGCAAUCAGCGAUUGCGGCGCUUGCGCUGCCAACCCAAGCUGUGGCUUUUGUUUGUCGACACUUCAGUGCAUGGAACGGGGAAGCAAUGGGCCUUUGAGUGGGCUCCCGUGUAAUUACUGGCUAACGGCGGCUGCGGAAUGCCCUGAGAUACCCCAGUGUGAGCAACUUAGCAGCUGUGGCGUAUGCGUGGAUAUGGAAGGGUGUGCGUGGUGUGCCUCCGAGCAGCGAUGCCUCACUGUAUCUGAGAUAUUUCUCUCAGAGUGCGAAGGUUCCAUCUUCGACCCGCCGUGUCCAUCUAACCCCGUCUAAAUUCAUGCAUGUUCCUGUUGAGGGUUAGGCAGAGUCUUGCGAGGUCAUACUGAAACAAACUUCUUUCUCAUCAGGUCGAGAACCGUAUUGUGGGUAAUCUUAUUGUUGAGGCUGACCCUGUGUUUGGAGGUGGGCACUUCCGCUCAUCGGGUGUUGGGACGGGCGGCGGCACUUUCGAAUUCAUCAUAGACGAGGUCGAAAUAUCCGUCGUUUCAGCUGGCGAUGUAUUUAUUGAUUUCUCGUUUGUUGCUCUCCCGUGGAGAGCAACACUUGAGUUUCCGUGUCUAAUUUCCCGAUCCGGAGGAUUUCGCGUUCCGAACACAAUGAAUGUGUGUAGGUAACCAUCAAGGGAGGUCAAAACUUCAAAGAAAAUGGAAUGGGUGGGUCAAUGUCACUGGCAGCCGGUUCAGGUGUAAACCCGCAUGGCGGCCAAGGUGGCUCUGCGACCCUCCGUGGUGGUGAUGGCUAUGGCAGCCCCGCCCUUGGUGGCUAUGUCGGCGACGGAGGAAAUGUGGACAUUACAGGCGGCGAUUCCAUGGCAGGAGCGGGUGGCCUUGUGAGCCUUCGAGCAGGAGAGUCUGCAGUGGGAGUUGGUGGUGCUCUGGAACUGAUGUCUGGCUCCGGUGGUACAAAUGGAGGCGUGCUAACAUUCAUGACAGCAAGUGGCGGCAGCCAUGGCUCAUGCUCCGGUGAUAUUUCGGUAUCCACCGGGAGCACUGCCCAUGGUGACUCCGGAGCUGUGUGUAUCUCGACCGGAGAUGCCGUUUCAGGACUUGCGGGUGGGAUUGCUUUGCGCGUCGGCGAGUCAGGCAGUGGUGCAGGUGGUUCCAUAACACUCACCGCGGGCGAGGGCGCCGAACAAACGCCUGGUGGUGAAAUAGUGCUUGUUUCUGGAGAUGCCAAAUCAAGUUCGGGUAGCGUGACUGUUUCAACCGCGAAUGCAACUGCGUCGUCAGGUUCCGUUUCGGUCUUGACCGGCUCGGCCACGAGUAGCUCGGGAGACAUUUCGGUCGCCACAUCAGACAGCGGCCAGGAGAGCGGUGGUAUUUCUAUUGCAUCCGGUGAUAGUGGCGACGGGGUUGGAGGAAGUGUCGAGAUCCGUGCCGGCGCUUCCUCGAUGCAAGGUGGACAAGUCUUGGUCAGUAGCGGCGCCGGGGAUGACGGUGCAAGUGCAGGUGGUGUCAUUCUUCGAGGCGGGCAUGCUGCUGGGAGUGGUGCGGGUGGAGAUGUAUUGAUCAAGGGUGGAACAUCGGUAAUGGGAACCGGAGGUUCGAUUUGUAUUUUUUCUGGUGAAAGUGAGUUUUCGACAUCUGGUGGUCUGUAUGUAAGCUCGGCGAAUGCUGGCCAAAAUGGUGCCAGCGGAAGUGUGUACCUGCGGACUGGCACUGCGUCAUCACAAAGCUCCGGGGCAAUUCUGCUUGGCACGGGAACUUCGACGGAAGGCACCUCGGGCACCAUUUCGCUCGUGGGCGGAGACGGUUAUGAGACCGGUGGCACCAUUUCAAUUUCAGGCGGCGACUCGCCCGAUGCUAAUGGCUCAGGGGGAGAUAUCAGGCUUGCAUCUGGAGGUGGCAUUGGAACGCCAGGGGCGCUACUCAUUAGUACGCCACACAACUCAAAUGGCAACACCGGGAAUAUGGGCUUCACUACUGGGACCAGUGUGUCUGGUAACUCGGGAUGCAUCGCCCUUGCAGUUGGAUCCUCUUGUCAUGGAUCUUCUGGCAAUAUUGAGCUCGGGGCUGGUGGCGGUGAAGUGGGGGGGGGUUUCUUCAUCAGCGCGGGAACUACAAUGGGCGGUGAUGCAUGUGGUGGUUCGAUUGAAAUUGCUGGUGGUGACUCCUCUUGUGGUGCCGGUGGGCCCGUAACGAUAAGUGCCGGCAGUGGCCUUGAACACGCAGGUGACAUCAAUUUUUACGGGGGAAGAUCGGGGGAUGGCGGCGGUGGUAUCUACAUCGCCGCAGGUGAUUCCAAAGCUGCGGUGGGUGGAGAUUGCGUUCUGGUAAGCGGUGCCGGCACACUGAGUGGGUCUGGUUCCUGCCUGCUAUGUACAGCCAAUGGAGGCGACUCUAGCACAUCAGGGAUCCUCUCCCUCGCAACGGGCACUACGGCCUUUGGAACCUCGGGAUCAAUCAAGUUCACAACUGGUACGUCAGGCUGUGGCGCGGCUGGUAGCAUUUUAUUUGGCGUCGGCGCAGGAGCCUCUGGAGACGGUGGUCACGUGGCUCUAGUUGCUGGUGCCACAUCGGCAGAUGCCGCGGCAGGCGGCGCAGUGACCCUCCAAGGUGGCAAUGGACUGUCGCUGGAUCCGCGAAAUGGUGGGGAUGGCGGGGCCAUUCUCUUAGAAGGCGGAGCAGCGCUUGGUCGUGCGCGAUGCGAUGUUGGCGGUUCUAUGAUGAUCAGCGGUGGAUCUGCAACUUGCGGGACCGGCGGUUCCGUCACGCUACAAUCAGGAAUCGGCCACGCAGGGUCUUCGGGCCGCGUUAUUGUGGGGUCGCCAGAUGUCGGGGGCGACGGAGCAAGUGGGGCUGUGACAAUCGCAACUGGCGAUGCGGUGACUGCAGACUCUGGCCAAGUAUCGAUCAGUACUGGCGAUUCACUCGAUGGGGCGGGUGGUGACAUCGCCUUGCGUGCUGGUGAAGGUGAUUUGGGAGCCGGCGGUGACAUUUUGCUCGGAGCAGGCUGUUCGUCUGCUGCCGCUUCACAAGGAGGUGCAAUUACACUCCAAGGGGGCACGGGCGCCUCGACCAAUCUGAAUGACGGCGGCGAUGGCGGUGAUGUGAUGAUCAAGGGCGGCACAGCCCGAGGUUCAAACGUCAAUGACAACGGCGGCGAUGUCUCGGUUGUAGGGGGGCAGUCGCAGUCGGGCUAUGGUGGGCGUUUGCGCGUAUCAAGUGGCUUGUCUACUCACAGUUCGAGUGGAGACCUGCUUGUUGCAACGGGCAAUUCAGGAUUCAGCGGCAUAUCUGGAAGUAUGACUCUUUCCACGGGCACAUCCAAAGAUGGAUGCAGUGGCGCAGUCGAGAUUGUCUCUGGCCAAGCGACGUCUGGCCGUGGUGGCUACGUUAAUGUGAGAGUCGGCGAUGGUGACACUGGAGAAGGAGGCGAGAUAGAACUCGUGGCCGGCGACACGACUGACGCAGCGACGGGCGGCUUCCUGGUCCUCGAAUCAGGAUACUCUUCUGAGACGUCUUCUGGUUUCAUUGACCUAAGUACUCCAAAUGCCGGUUCAGUUGGCGUGAGUGGGGAAAUAUCAGUCGCCACAGGCACCACAUCUGCAGGGAACUCGGGGGCGAUUGCACUUGAAACAGGUUACGCACAUGAUGGCCAUGGCGGAACUAUUAUGGCACGAGUCGGCACUGGCCAUUCUGACGAUGGAGGAAAUGUUUUCUUGGCUGCUGGAGAAUCUACAGAUGAUGAGGCUACAGGAGGUUCCGUGACAAUUCAGGCCGGCGAGGGCUCGUCCACAUACCAGUAUGAUGGUGGGAAUGGUGGUUUAGUACAACUAUUCGGUGGUGCCGCGCAGGGCGGACUCUCAGAGGACGACGGUGGAAGUCUCGAGUUUGCUGGUGGAUACGCUAACCAGGGACGCGGCGGUUCAUUCGUUGUUCGCACGGGCUACGGCGAGGCAUCUUCGUCUGGGCUAAUUGACAUCUCGACAGCAAACGGUGGUACCCAGGGCACGAGUGGCUCGAUAGAUUUCUCCACGGGCACAAGUUCAAAUGGGAAUUCUGGGUACGUAAACGUUGAGACGGGCCAAGCUUCAGGAGGGCGUGCCGGCUAUAUACACGUUCUAGUUGGCACAGGGGAUUCCGCGGCCGGUGCUGACUUCGUCGUGGUUAGCGGCUCGACCACGGCAGCGGCAACGGGAGGACUGAUUUCCAUAACUACUGGAUACUCAGAGCAGUCAACGUCAGGAACCUUCUCCCUAGAUACGGCGAAUGCUGGUCAAAGUGGUGUCUCUGGAGCCAUACAUUUUGCAUCUGGGACGUCAAGUGCGGGUACCUCGGGCUUGAUUUCUUUAGCAACCGGUGAUGCAGUAUCAGGUGCUGGUGGAAACAUUGAAUUUCUUGUCGGCACGGGAAACGCCAACGAUGGCGGCGAUGUCAUUGUCUCUGCCGGUGAAACGACCGAUAAGGCUUCUUCGGGUGGAUUGAUUCUAAUUUCUGCUGGUCAUGGAUCAUCAACCGCAAGCGACGAUGGUGGGGACGGUGGCGCCCUGCUCUUGUACGGCGGGGAAGCGAGUGGCUUGGAGGCAACCGAUGAUGUUGGCGGGAACAUUGAGAUAGUCGGUGGGUGUGCAACAGCAGCUACGGGCGGUUCUCUUAUGUUUCAGACCGGCUCUGGUACCCGGACGAGCUCUGGAAAUGUUUACCUGUGGACCGCAAACGGCGCCGUUUCUGGCAGUGGCGGCGUUUCUGGCUCAAUUUCUUUUGAGACAGGCACAACAACUCUUGGCAACAGCGGGUACCUGUAUUGCGGGACAGGCGACGCUACGGAUGGAAGGGGAGGGAAUAUAUCGCUUCAGGUUGGGACCGGAGACUCUGGCGAUGGCGGCAAUCUGUACAUUUAUGCUGGAGAAACCACGGAAGCGGGACAAACGGGCGGUUGUCUUUCAGUCCUAGCAGGCCAUGGUUCGUAUUCAGCAUCGGGCCAAAACGGUGGAAGCGGGGGAACCGUGAUGAUCCACGGCGGCGCAGCCAAGGGCAAUCUUGCUGACAACGACGGAGGAAUUCUUGAGUGCCACGGCGGGCCUGCGGCGGCAGGCCCCGGCGGGGCAAUACUGCUGCAGACUGGAUAUAGCAUGGCAAGCUCCUCAGGUGACAUGACGCUCCAAACAGCCAAUGCAGGCGAAGCGGGUGUAUCUGGGGGGGUAUUCGUGCACACCGGCACGGCCUCUAGUGGCAACUCCGGCCACCUCGAGGUACGCACCGGCGAUGCAUACGAUGGUCGGGGUGGUGCCAUUUCGCUCGUGGUUGGUGAUGCCUAUUAUGGUGCGGGUGGCGAUAUCACUUUUUCUGCGGGAUCAACUUCUACAAGUAGCGGACUGACUGGGGGCCAUCUUUGCAUGUCCUCGGGCGCAUCCACCCUUUCCACGUCAGGUCCAAUAUUCAUCAGAACAGCCGAAGGGGGAUCUCUCGGCGCAAGUGGCUCGAUGUAUUUCACAACUGGAGAUGCAGAAUCAGGCGAUUCGGGCUCAAUAGUGAUGGAGACUGGGUCUUCCGCGGAGGGCGGCUCGGGCGGUUCUAUCUCUAUGUGCGUCGGGACGGGUGCCAGUGGAGACGGUGGCAAUCUUGAACUGGUUGCUGGUGAUUCGAAAGCGACCGAUGGUGUUGGCGGCAAAUUGAGCUUAUUUGGUGGUAAUUCCAUUCACACAAAUGGUGGUAACGGGGGCGGAAUACUGUUUCAGGGCGGACUUUCACUUGCGUCCGAAUCUCCAGACAGUGAAGGUGGAAACGUGUCUCUUGCAGGCGGCACUGCCCUCAGCGGCAGUGGGGGCUCUGUUUUAGUAUCUUCAGGAGCUGGACUGGACAGUUCAUCUGGCAAAAUUACACUGUCUACUACCAAUGCUGGUGAGGCGGGUGUGUCCGGCGACAUCCUCUUCUGCACUGGAUCAUCAAGUUGUGGAGAUUCGGGCGCAAUUCACCUGAAAACGGGCGAAGGGAACGGUGGUCCAGGCGGGAACAUCUCACUUGCUGUUGGCGAAAGCAACUCCGGCAUGGGCGGUUGUUUGACGCUCCAAGCGGGCGACUCGCAAGCCGACAGCGGAGCCGGUGGGGACAUUUUGAUGCGCUCCGGAAACGCAAAAUCGUCGAUGUCAGGGUCAAUUAAGUUCCUCACAGCCGAUGCAGGCUCCGAGGGAGCCUCAGGAGAUGUUUUAUUAAGUACUGGUAUCGCAACUGGAGGAAGCUCAGGUGCUAUCUGCCUGAAGACAGGGUCAACAAAACAGGGAACAGGGGGCAAGCUCUUGCUCGAAGUGGGCUCAACAGCCUCUGGUGCUGGCGGCGAGAUAUACAUUCAGGCUGGGAGAACUUCAGACAAUCAGGGCGCAGGGGGCAGCAUCACUAUUGAGUCGGGAACAGGCUCAGACACGUCCUCAGGCGAAGUUACGAUUCGGACGGUGAACGCAGGGUCGGAUGGAAGCUCGGGUAAGCUAGAUAUCGAGACUGGUUCCUCUACAGAUGGGACGAGCGGCGGCAUUAUGCUGUCGACCGGAGACUCCGCUGAAGCGAGCGCCGGUUGCAUCACAUUGCUUGUUGGUAAAACCGGAUGUGGGCCUGGCGGGUCCAUCACCAUGGCCGCUGGAGGAAGCGAGCUUUCGGAUAGCUCGAAUAGCUUGGGCGGAUCUAUGGCCCUCGCCGCCGGUCAAGGUGGAACGGGCGGCAAUGUGACGCUCGCUGGCGGCGACUCUAUUGAUGCGGCCUCAGAGGGCGGAUCUCUUGUCAUAACAGCAGGAGGAGCGGCGUCAGGUGAUGGCGGCAGCAUUCAAUUGCUAUCUGGACCCUCAGAUACCGACAGGUCGGGUUCUGUGAGUCUCAAAACAGCAUCUGAUGGACUCGAUGGCUCUGGAAGCAUUUCAAUCCACACGGGCGCGUCUACGGGCAGCUCUGGCGACAUACUUAUCGAAACUGGCGAUGCAGAAAGCGGCGAUGCAGGGCGCUUAACGCUGUCGGUCGGAUCGUCAACGGGAAUCGGGGGCGAUAUCAGUGUAACUGCAGGUGCGAGCGCAGAUUCAGCUCGUGGUGGGGGCAUCUGCGUGACAUCUGGAGCCGCAGCUGAAUCGACUAGUGGACCAAUCACCCUUCGAACGCCGGACGGCGGUGAAGGUGGCUCUUCGGGAGAUGUUCUUGUCACAACCGGUCGUGUUUCAGUGUCCUCACGUGACAAUUUUGUACGCAAGCACACGUGGGUGCUGGCACUUGUUAAGCAGUCCCCCGCUCGUAGGCAAAGGCGGCACAAAUGGUCUGUCCGGGAACCUCACCCUGGGAACUGGUCUUGCUAGCUCAGGCGACGGAGGUCACGUUGAACUUUGCGUCGGUGAAGGUCUAACUGGUGCGGGUGGUAAUAUCACGAUUAAUGCGGGAGGUACAAACGGCCCAGACUCGCCCGGUGGUAGUGUCAAAUUGCUGGCAGGCGGCGGGAUGGCGGGUGGUGGCGGUCAAGUCAUCCUUCGGUCUGGCAACGCAUCAGACUCGUCAGACGGCGACUCGGGCGGUGAUUUGGAGCUAGUAGCCGGGUCCGCAUUUGGUGGGACGGAAGGUGAAGGUGGGUCAAUCUUAAUCCUCUCUGGCCCAUCAACCGAAGGAACAGCGGGACAAAUCAGCCUAAAAUCUGCAGACGACUCAAGCACCACGGGUAAAAUAACUCUAGCCUCUGGCCAGACCUCGAACGGCAACACAGGCGGACUGACUGUUGGCACGGGUGCGGCCGCAGGUGGCGUUGCGGGCGCCAUCUCGCUGACAGCAGGCGAUACGAGUGACGGAUCUGCUCGAGGCGGGGCCGUGUGUCUUGAGGGGGGAUGCGCUACUGACGAGGGUGGUAACAUUGAACUGCUUUCCGGUGCGGCGACGGGCACCUCAAGCAAAACAGGGGAUAUUGAAAUCGCCUCAAGUAACACGGCAGAUUCAGGGGAUUCCGGCCAGGUAACAAUAGUGACAGGGAAUGCUACCACGGGUAAUUCUGGAGAUGUUUUGCUGACCACAGGUUCAUUCCAGCGCAUUGACUUAAGUAUCUUGAAGUACGCCGAAUUUCUGUCCCGCAGGCACCGCAACACAAGGCAAAGCGGGAACAGUCUACAUGAGGCUCGGCAUUUCGGAGUCGGGGGUCGGUGCUGAUGCUAUUUUGCAAGGUGGCGAUGCUACAGAUGAGACGGGUGGUGACAUACGGAUCGUCAGCGGUUAUUCAAGGAAAACUACUUCAGGCUUAGUCAUCAUCGAGACAGCCAAUUCUGGCAGCAACGGUGCUAGCGGAUAUCUUUUGCUCCAAUCCGGUACGGCCGAAGGCGGAGACAGUGGCUGGGUCAAUGUAUCUACCGGGCGUGCUAGUGGAGGCACGGCCGGCUCAAUAUCGAUGUCCGUUGGAGAGGGUGACUCUGGUACUGGAGGGGACAUAUCCUUCACUGCAGGGGCCUCCUUAGAGGAUGGCGGGGAUGGUGGUGCCAUCAUACUCGCUGCGGGCGAAUCUCAAUCGGGGCGAGGUGGGCAUGCCAUCAUCCAAGCUGGAUCCGGAGCAACGGGAGGUGGAGAUAUUGCACUGCUCGCAGGCGAAUCGUCUGAGCAAGACGGUGGUGCAGUCAAUCUAACCUCAGCGUAUUCGGCUGAAGCAGACACGGGCACUCUGACCCUGGCGACGGGUACGUCAAGAGAAGGCAACUCAGGGAGCAUUUCGCUUUGCACGGGUGAUGCGAAGUCUGGUCAAGCUGGUACGAUCGUGGUGUCGACUGGUACCGGCAAAGCUGGCGGUGACGUCGCUAUGGCCGCGGGAGACUCAACAUCAGGCCGCGGCGGUUCUGUGACAAUCAGCUCGGGCGCUUCAGCGAAAUCAUCAAGUGGUCAUGCUACAAUUCAAACCAAUGCAGCCACGGGACAAUCUGGAGCGAUCGAAAUAGCAACAGGCGAUGGCGUGAGUUCGGGCAGCAUCAGCGUGGCCACGGGCUCGUCUAAAAGUACUUCGGGGACUGUCGAAGUUUUUCCUGGAGUCUCAACGGCUGGUGCUGGCGGUGACCUGGUGCUGCAAGGCGGAUCCUCGACAGACUCCACCGGUGGACUGGUCUUGAUCCGUUCUGGUGCGUCAACCUCUAGUACGUCGGGCUCUGUUUCGCUGGCAUCGGCAGACGGCGGCGACGGGGUCGGUUCCGGCCGGUUCAAUGUGUCGACGGGGUCGGGCACAGGUGCUUCCGGGGGUAUCCAAAUCACCUCUGGUGGGGCAUCAACGACGGGCAACUCUGGAAAUAUUGUGAUUCAGUCUGGCAGUGCCACAGCCGGCCGUUCAGGCGCAGUUUCCCUGACUACGGGAAACUCAGAAGCAGGCGACGCGGGGUCAAUCUCUCUCACUGCGGGGUCCUCAAAGAGUUCGCGGGGAGGCAGUCUCUCUUUGAUGGCUGGAAAUGGCUCCGAAUCUGGGGACAUCCUCAUAGCGUCAGGUUCUGGUGAUCAAAGUGGUCUUCUAACACUUGUUUCGGGGACAGGCGAAACGUUCUCCGGAAAUUUGACCAUUGGUACCGCAGAUCCAACUGAUGGCGCUUCGGGCGACAUAAUGCUGACAACUGGUGCCGCGUCGACCGGCACGACCGGCGACAUUUCACUUAGCACAGGCUCGCGACUGAGCGUCAGCUAUAUUUUGUAGUUGCAAUCAGUGUGAUUUAUAACUGCUCUUGUAGGCUCUGCAUCAAGUGGCCGAUCAGGAAAUAUAUCCAUGUCCAUUGGCGAGGCUUCGUCAGGUUCAGCAGGUAGCAUUCGCAUCACUGCCGGAAAGCUUGAUCUCAAAGAAGCAGAGGACGACGCAGAGACCACCCCUUCUGGGGGUGCCAUCGCACUCACAUCAGGAAAGUCAACUUAUGGGGAAAGUGGCUGUAUCACGGUAAGGACGGCAGAUGGAGGACGGAGUGACGACGAAUAUCGCACGAACUCGGGUAGCAUUCAUUUGGCGACAGGCACAGCAACUGGUGCUGGGGGUUCGAUUAUUAUGGAAGCAGGCGCAGGUUACGGUGAUACCGGUUGCGGCGGUUCGCUAUACCUCACCGCAGGAGAUAAUCUCAACGAAGUACCAGAGGAAAAUUAUGCCGGCGGGAACAUCCACAUCAGCGCUGGCGCUGGAUCUUCGCAAGCCGCGGGUGGUUCGGUGGCUCUCCUCUCUGGCGGCGGAAAGUUGGCAACAGGGGGGAUCGCCAUCGCUACAAGUAAUGCGAGCCAAACGGACAGUACGUCUGGAUCUAUACAAGUAGCUACUGGUGCAGCCACUGGUAGUGCCGGUGAAGGUUUGCCGGCUUCAGGGUCAAUUGCAAUUGCAUCCGGAGACUCUUCUGCUGGAGAAGCUGGAGAUGUGAUUAUCUCUGUCGGGAUGUCAAUAAGUGGUGCGGGGGCACCUCUGUCACUGGCUGCCGGUAACUCCUCCCGGCAGCAUGGCGGCAACCUGUCAAUAUCCUCUGGUGCGGGAAAAGAGAGCGGCAACGUCACAAUCGCCACAGCGGGCGGCGGCGCCACCUCGGGAAGCGGUCGACUUGCAAUCUCGACUGGGAUCUCAAGCUCGGGCACCUCCGGCUCAGUCUGCGUCCUCUCCGGGAGAGCGACAACUUCGGUGGGAGGUGGCAUUGCGUUGUCUGUCGGACAUGCCACCUCAGGCAACGGAGCUAACCUGACGAUGACAGCUGGCGCAUCGACCGAGGCCAGUUGUGCUGGUGGCACCAUCCUGCUUGAAGCUGGUGUCACUGCAGGUGGUCUCGGGGGGGACGUGGAGGUUUCUUCCGGACAAGGGACAUCAUCGUCGGGUACGAUUAGCGUGACGACCGGCGAUAGUACGUCCGGCGCUUCGGGCUCGCUGCUUGUCACAACGGGCCAGUUGGUUCUGUCUACGGGUGACUCAUCUACUUCAUCAGGGUCGUCGGGCAGCAUAUCAAUCUCGACAGGCAGAAAUCAGAGUCAGUUUGUUGGCUAUCGUAGUCAACAAGUCAUAAUUGAUACAAAUUGAGAGAGUUCAGAUUUAUUUUCCCCGCCGUUUAAAUCAAUUUACGUAGGUGACACUGCCCCUGCAUCUUCAAGCGCUGGCAGUAUUUCUAUAAAGGCCGGUACCGACGAUGCAGGAGGCAAUCUUUCUAUGACAAGCGGCGCGGGCACAGCUGGAGGCGGCACACUUAGCAUCUCGAGCGGCGCAUCGACGGUCGGAGCUGGAGGCGUCGUCGAGAUCUCGACGCCAACUUCGAGCACCGGGGACACAGGCAACAUUUGCUUUACCUCGGGUACUGCGGAAAGUGGGAACUCGGGAAACGUUACCAUCUGCGCAGGCGGUUCGGAAGUCGGUGCUGCUGGCGCUAUCUCUCUCGUGGCCGGCGAGUCAACGAGCGAUGCUGGGGGCGACCUGAGAGUGGCCGGUGGCGCGGUAUCGCUGACUGGGGGAGCCGCCCCGGGGGGCGUGACGGGUAGUCUAUCUUGUGCCACAGCCAUCGCAGAAGGAAAUUCUGGCGACCUUAGUCUCAUAACAGGGGAUGCUGUUGGAGGCAUUGCCGGAAGUAUUACCAUAACCACAGGUGCGUUUAGCCAUCGGGAUCCUGGGUAUUGAUAAGGGGGAUACCUUUAGCACAAAACGGAUCUGUCUUUUCGAACUUCACUUUUUCCGGCAGCUGCAUGAAAACAAACCCCAUAAACAAGCCCUCCCCAUGCCCCGUAUUUACUCACAUGUAUCAUUUGCGCUGUGUAGGGGAUUCCACCGGCGGCGAUUCUGGGGAUUUAAUCCUGGCGACGGGAAGCACAACUAGUGGUGACGCCGGCGACAUAGUUUUCCAAGCCGGCGAGUCGGAUAGUGGUCGGGGAGGGGACGUCUCGAUUACCUCAAAUAAAGCAUCGGCCACACUUUUGAGCACAGAUGCAUACUUGAAUAUCACUGGCGACAACAUCGAUGUGGUGAGUGGCUCGGGAGGCAACGUCUCUUUCCUCGCUGGUCCGGACGGCACAAUUGGUUGGGGCAUCACUGAUAGUGAUGGCAGUUCUGCGACGUAUGAUGUUCGACUCACCACAAAUGGUGACGGCAACACCGAGUUAUAUUCUGACGUACCAAUCUCGGCUCCGUCAUUUACAAGCCCUUCGGAUCGUCGCAUCAAGAAAGACUUUCAGCCGGUUGACACGGCCGACUUGCUUCACCGCCUGCAAAGAGUUCGAAUUACUGAGUACGGAUACACGGACGAGUGGCGGGCCGUUCGGGGGAUUCCCGACAAGCGAGUCCGCGGCGUGAUUGCACAAGAGCUCAAUGAGAUUUUCCCUGAGCAUAUAUCCGUCCUCGAAACAUACUCGCUUCCAGACAAGGGGUUCCAAAAAACGAGAUUUUAUCGGGUUGAUAAACAACGGCUUGCCCUUGACGUCAUCGGCGGCCUCCAAGCCCUUCACGACCGGUACUCUAUUGGUGAGUCUACAUCUUCGGAGUCCGGUUCUCUCGCACUGACCACAAAGGCUGCGCCGAGCUCUGGCGCCAUUUACUUACAGACGGGGCGCGCAUCUUCGGGUGAGAGCGGGGACAUUCUCGUACAGAGUGGGGCCGCCGCAAGCGGCAAUAGCGGCUCUAUUUCACUCAUGACUAGCUCGAAGGCCAAGAACAAGGGAGAUAUUUUGCUAUCUACCGGCUCUGGUGUCGCAGAUGGUGGCUGUAUUUCUCUGAAAGCGGGAGAUGGUGAGAACGCUGGCGAUGUAAGCCUGACCGCCACCAGAGGCGGCGUUGCCCUCACAACAGGGGAAGCAAUGAACGGAGAUUCGGGCAAUGGCAUCUGUGUUGCCGUGGGGGAUGCUGUAUCUGGUAUCGCUGGCGACAUCUCGCUGGCGUCCGGGGCCUCGCUUGCCGGCGACGGCGGCAGAAUAUCCGUGCACGCAGGCGACGGAGGGGCUUCUGGCGGCAGACUCGACGUAAACGCCGGCAAUGGAGACAUCGGUGGCAGCAUCCAGUUCAAAGCUGGCGAUGGUAGAGAAAGAGGUGGCACCCUCACUUUAUGCAGCGGAAGUGGUGGCGAAGGGACCAGCGGCACUUUUACGAUCGCAAGUGCCGAAAGCAGUGCAAGUGGGGGCAUUCUACUCGCAACUGGGACAUCUGUUCAAGGGAACUCAGGGGACGUAUCCAUCGCCACCGGGGAUUCGGCGGGCUCAGCUGGCAACAUCGAGCUUUGUGCUGGUUUGGCUACCAGCGGUGGGGGCGCGGUGAAAGUAUGCUCGACGGGCUCAUCUUGCGGCAGUGGUGGUAGUGGUGAAAUUAUUGUUGCGUCUGGUCAAGGUGAUCUUGGGGGCCACACGAGCAUCCGCGGCAGCAACCUCGAGCUUGUGGCAGGCGAGGCGACCGGAGGACUCGGUGGAGCGGUUGACCUACAUGCGGGUGGGGGACGUAAGGGCGGUGAAAUAAUUAUCAAAGCGGGGCGGGAUGAUAUGGAACUGGGCGGCUCAGUAGUCGUCGAAAGCGGGACAAGCACCGGUGAUGUGGGUGGACAGGUUGCCAUAACCACUGCUAGCGGCAAAGCUUCCGGGGACGUAUCAAUAUCAUCGGGACGGGCACAGACUUGGGGCGCCAGUGGCAAAAUCAUUCUUGCCACUGGUGAUGCUCGAGAUACUGUGGGGACUUUAUCAAUUCAGGCGGGCGACUCAGAAACCGGUGUUGGGGCCAGCGUCAUUUUUGUAGCCGGCGAUUCGGCGGCUAGUCAGGGUGGGCUUCUGCGCCUUGCGGCUGGAGAUGGAGCCUCUGCAGGCCACAUAAGCUUGAACGCGGGCGCUGGCAUCGACGCAGCCGGCGGCAACUUGGAAAUCUUCAGUGGAACGCAGCUUACUAGAAGGGCCGGCAAGAGUGGUGACGUUACCAUCAAAUCUGCAAAGGGCACUAUUUCUUCAGGAGACAUUGAGGUCUCAACUAGUUGUGUGGCUGAAGGCGCCUCCGGAGACAUUUUUGUCUCCACCGGUGCUGGCCAUUGCGGUAGCGGCGGAAUCAGUCUCUUUGUUGGUUCGAGUUUGUUAGGUGAUGCUGGAAAUCUGGUCCUGGGCGUGGGCGAGGCUUCAACGGCUAGCGGCGGCUAUGGCGGAUCCAUAGGAAUCUCAGGUGGCGGCGGAAACGCUGGUGGCGCCAUUCGGCUCCGGGCGGGUGUGGGAACUGCAAGGAAGGGCGGCGAUGUCGAGCUUAGUGCCGGCACCUCAGACGAAGGCAACGGAGGAAGCACGACGAUUUCCGCAGGCGAUGGCAGCUGCGGGGGAAGCGUCUUGAUGACCGCAGGCUGUUCAGAUAGGGACAGGGGUGGCAACGUGGACAUCAUCGGCGGCGAUAGCGACGGGGCGGGUGGGAACAUUAAGCUGUCCGCCGGAAUGGGCCAGAGAGCGAGCGGGGAGAUCCACCUGGCUACCGGCGAUGCGAAAGCGUCGAGUGGUAGAGUUCUCAUCAAAACUGGCGACGCAACGGAUGGUAGAGCCGGGAACAUUAGUUGCUUUACGGGCGCGAGUUCUUCUGGAGGGGGCUCAGCCAUUGCGUUGCGAGCCGGCAUGGCAACCGCUGGUGCUGGAGGACCGACUAGCAUUAUGGCAGGCGAUGGACUAGCCGGUGGUGAAGUUAGCAUCAUGGCCGGAGCUGGUUCCGACUCCGGGGGCUCUCUUCAGGUUGGCAGUGGUACUGGUGCCUUAGCUAGUGGCGACGUACUCUUGAAAAGUGCGGACGUUUGCGGCACGAGUGGCUCAGUAGCUAUUGCAAGCGGAUCGGCUGAUGUUUCGGGUGGGGUAAUCAUUGGCACGGGCAAUUCAGUGAGCCAAAGUGGCACAAUUGAGCUGUCAGUCGGUUCGUCACGCCAUGGAAACGGUGGCUCUCUAAUUGCGUCUGCUGGUGACGGACUGCGGAAAGGUGGUGGUGUGGAUGUUUCAUCCGGAGACGGUAAGAGCGGAGGAACCAUUGCGUUACAAAGCGGUUCUGGUAGCUGUGCUUCAGGCGGAAACAUACUUGCGCGUGCGGGCGCUUCGAAAGAGACUGGCGGGUCUGUGUGCUUUCGGGCGGGAUCGGGAACCAAGGGCGGCGAUAUUUCGUUGCAAAGUGGUGCAUCAUCGGGCACCGGGGGUAAUGAGGACGCCAGCGGUGGAAAAGUUUCAAUCAUUGCGGCAUCCGGCGGCUCCGCUUCCUUUGGGUCCACGGACGCAGCCUCCUCAAGUGGAAAAGUGUCUCUGUGCACCGGUGAGGGUAGAACGAAAAGCGGGGGGAUAACCCUUGCCACCGGGUCGGCUGGACGCUCAGGAAACUUGACCCUUGAUGUUGGCGAGAGCUCAAGCGGAGCGGGAGGCCAACUAGAAUUGGCAGCGGGUGACUCGUCUCAAGGCCAAGGUGGUAAUAUCGCCUUAGUGGGCGGGAAUGGCACCUGUGGCGGUACCGUGUCCGUCAUAGCCGGAGACGGGACCGGAAGCGGGGGUGGCGGCGGACAUCUGGAGCUCGUCGGUAGUGAAGGGGGGGUCGUGUCCAUUACAGGUGCAAGUAGUGAAGCGCAGUCUGGCGGCGUUGUUAUUUCGAGCGGCGUGGCAUACGCAGGUGCCUCAGGUGAGAUAUUCAUCUCAACUGGCGAAGCCGAGACAAACAGUGGCUCCAUCAACGUGUGUAUCGGUAGCAGCACAGUAGGAUCGGGUGGGGAACUGUCUCUGCAAGCGGGUACAACGAGAGAUGAGGGCGGAUCUGGCGGUUCUACUUGUUUCGCAGCAGGCGAUGGAAGUAUAGGAGGGGCAAUUGAUCUGCGUGCUGGUGUUGGUGACACCAGCGGCGGUGACGUCGAAAUAGCGGCCGGAGUUUCUACAAGGGGCACUGGUGGUAGCAUGGAAAUAGCCGGAGGAGCCGGUGCACGCGGCGGCAAGUUGUCGCUCAGUGGCGGCAACGGUGCUGCGAGAGACGGCGGCGAGGUAUGUAUAACAGCUGGCGGGAGCACGUCUGGAGUUGGUGGUCACCUCAACAUAAGCUCUGGCCCGGGUGCAACCAGAGGUGGGGACGUGAGGCUGGCAACAUUGACUGACGCCAGCGGAUCAAGUGGAAAUAUUCGGCUUGAGACGGGCAACGUACCCGGCGGCAUUGCUGGUGAUUUGGACCUGUCCGUUGGAUUGUGCGCCAACGACAAUGGUGCUGCUAUUACAAUGCAGGCUGGCGCAUCCGCAUCAGGUUUGGGCGGUAGCACGUCGCUCAUCGGGGGAGAUGGCAGUUGUGGUGGCGAGCUAAGUUUACAGGCGGGCUCUGGUAGCUGUGGUCCUGGAGGAGCUGUGGUGAUGCGCAGCGGCGCAGGUACCUUAACAAGCGGGGAUGCUUGCCUUAUGAGUGGACAGGCAACCCAAGAUAGCGGGGCUAUUUUGCUGGCUACCGGAACGGGCUGCGUAUCAGGUGGGGUGAGGAUUGCCACUGGAGACUCUGGGGGCCAAAGCGGCUCCAUUGGCAUCUCGACUGGCGCGUCGGCCCUAGGUCAUGGCGGGGACAUAUCAGUUUCUGCCGGUGACGGAGCCACAAGCGGAGGAAGGGUGGAGAUAGCGUCGGGUGCAGGUGAAUUGGGCGGUGGCGUCGCGCUGAUAAGCGGUGCGGGACCUGAUAGGUCGGGCGACAUAUGGUUAAGCGGAGGUGCAUCCAAUGGUAUUGGAUGUGGUGGUAGUGUGAGUCUGGAGGCGGGCUCGGGAGGAUCAGGUGGUAGUCUGUUACUCCAAUCGGGUUCGAGCAACGAGGGAAUAGGCGGUAAUGUGCGCAUCGCUGCAGGCGCAAGUGCGUCGUGUACUGGCGGCUCGGCGACAUUGGGCUCAGGAGCCUCCGAGCAGGGAGAUAGCGGGGACGUCAUGGUCUUGUCCGGGCCAAGUGGGGCUUCAAGUGGCAGUGUUCUAAUUGAAACUGGCUCAGCAGACGUAGCGGGUGGAGUCAACGUCGCAGCGGGGGAGAGCUCAGGUUCGUGCGGGGGAAAUAUAUGUGCUCAGGCGGGAGCAACCCAGCGGGGUACUGGAGGAUAUAUUGAUUUGACCGGUGGUGAUGGCGUUUCUGGCGGAAAGGUGAUUCUAACAGGUGGAAUUGGUCGCGAGCUCGACGGCGGCGGUCUACUGUUGGCCAGUGGUCUCGGUGCGACGGGCUCGAGUGGCAAAGUUUCCAUCGCGAGUUCGGAUAGCGGGGAACUAUCUGGUUCUGUCAAGCUAUCGACUGGAGCGGCAGCUCGGGGCGUCUCGGGCAGCAUGACACUGUCAACAGCAAGCGCACAGGAAGAGAGCGGGAGCAUUCUCUUGCAUGUUGGUACGUCAUCGAACGCUGCUGGGGGCCACAUAAGCCUAAGAGCAGGCGCGAGUUCCGAUGCUUCCGGAUCUGGUGGCUCUGUAGAAGUAGCCGCAGGUGGAGGGCAUGCCGGCGGUGACGUGAUUGUCCGUGGCGGUCUUGCUGAGUCUGGCAGGGGUGGGUCUAUAAUCAUAGAUGGUGGCGGUAGGGGAGACCCAGAAAUUGGCGGAGUGGUAUCGUUACGGACAGGAGCAUCCCGCGACGGCAACGGUGGCUCUUUAUCCAUCUGCGCUGCAAACAGCACAGAUUCGGGCCCCAAUGUGACAGUAUCGGCAGGCGUCGGCGGAAAGUCACAUGGCAUGGUGCGCGUGCUAUCUGGAUCCGGCAGUAGUUCAAUUAGAGUCGACGGGACCACGGUGGAGAUGCUUGCCGCGGAGCAAAGUGUGACGGCGAGUCAUAUUAGUUUGGAUGCAUCGGGCGCGAUUGGCAACACCAUCGAGUUUUCUGUGUCAAAUCGACCUGGACCAGACUUUAGGCUUGAAUCUGCGGGCGCCGGCGGGUCGAUUAUCUCGACAGUGCCGAUGCGUGUGACCAAGAUCGAGUAUUCGUCAGACGAACGCAUCAAGGAGGAUAUACAUUAUCUUGACGAUGCGGAGCUAGAUGAUAUCUACGACAGGUUUACCCAGAUCAAGUUAGCUAAUUAUCGAUACACUGAUGAGUGGCUGAAAAUACGCGGAGUCGACGACGUGGUUGUGCGAGGCGUAAUCGCGCAGAAUGUACGCGAGGUAUUCCCAGAGCGUGUCGAAGUGGUGGAUAACUACACCCACCCAGCCUACAAUUUCUCCCUCGAUGGAUUCCACCAAGUUGACAAGCAAGGCCUCACGCUAGAUUUGAUUGCAGCCAUGCAGUCGCACAAUCAAUAUUUUACGAUUCACAAGGACGGCAGAAUUUCCAUGCAAACCAAGGAUAGUCAGAGUCAUACCGGUGAUGCAAGCAUUGGGACUGGUGACGCAUCAGAUUCUUCUGGCCGGAUUUGUGUUUCGACAGGCACUGCGACUGGCACGUCAGGAGGAAUUUCACUUGAAGCUAGUAGUGCAGGCAUUGACGGCGGGAGUGUGCGCGUGGCGGGAGGGGAGGGAGAAAAUGGAGGUGCUGUUGUUGUUUGUAGCGGGAGUGGUGCUGUCGGGGGCGGCGACAUUGUUCUUCGAGGCUCAGAUGGCGAGGCAGGUGGUGACGUAAUCUUUGCUGCCGGGGGUGGAGGCAUUUCAGGCAACAUCGUCGUAAGAACCGGCGGACCAGACGGCAAUGUGUCCAUGACUUCCGGAGCUGAUCUGCACUUGACCAGCGGCACCGGCGCUGCGCAGGGUGGUGAAAUGUGGAUAACUUCAGGUGCUUCCGCGACGCUUGCUUCUGCGCGGGGUGGAAUCUGCGUUUCGACGGGCAGUACGGAAGCUGGCGGAGCUGGGGAUUCGGGUGCGCUCUUUCUUGGCACGGGCGAAAACCCAGAGGGUGCGGCCGGGGGGAUUCAAAUCGCAGUUGGCUCGAGUGGCUCUGGCAGGGGUGGGACCAUAAAUGUUACGGCGGGAUCUGCGAUCGAAUGUGGUAAUGCUGGGGGUCAUGUCCAAGUCGUCGGCGGAGAAGGUGCGCGGGGUGGCGGAGUUGCUUUGCGCGGUGGGUGUGGGGACAGUGUGGGUGGGCGAAUAGAUGUAUAUUCCGGUGCUGGUAUGAAGGGAGGGUCAGGUAUCGUGCGUCUUGCGACAGCGCAAACUUCCUCAGAGGUUGGACCAAGCGGCGAUGUCUUGGUGUCGACUGGGGAUUCACCUGCAGGAAGCUCAGGGACGGUGCUUGUUUCCACGGGCACAUCAGAGACCGGCAGCGCAGGCAGCAUUCUCAUGCACGUAGGCAGAUCAGGUCUGCAGGGUGGCGAGAUCCGCAUCGAGGCUGGGAACUCAACUGGAAGCUUAGGUGGAAACGUCACCGUUGCGGCUGCAAACGGCCAAGUAGGCGGAACAGUGAGUAUCUCAAGCGGGCUGGGUGUCGCUGGUGGAGCUGCCGGCAACGUCUCUGUAUGUGUCGCCAAUGCAUCCUCUGGCUCUGGAGGGUGGCUGACGGUGACCGCAGGCAACUCAAAGCAAGCCAAAGGUGGUGCAAUUUUAUUGCAUGCCGGUGCAUCGACAUGUACGACGGGCGGCGAGAUCUCGGUAGCCGGUGGAGAUGCUCUGCAAGACGGCGGCGGCAUUGACGUCAAAUCUGGCGCAAGCGCGACUCGAUCCGGGAAUCUUACGCUUAGCACCGCAAGCCCUGCCCUAGAUCAAGGCGAGGCCGACGGCAGUACCACGACGGGCAGCAUCGAGAUGAAUACCGGCGACGUGUCGUCUGGAACAUCAGGCUCUGUAUCCAUUCGGACUGGCCAUGCACCGCAGGGCAAAGCGGGGGACCUAAGCUUGCAGGUGGGAACCGGUAUAUCAGGCGGUGGAAAAGUCAACAUCUCCGCUGGUUCUAUCUGGGGCGAGGCAGCACAAGGUGGGUCUGCCAACCUUGCUGCCGGCGGCGGUGCCUCGGGAGGCAACUUGACAAUUCGGAGUGGGGAAGGCAGCGUAUAUCAUGGUGGCGCAUUAAUACUUGAAUCUGGUCCUGGUGGGGAAUCAUCUGGUAACAUUAGCAUUGCGACUGGUCUGAAAUCAGCGUCUUGUAAAAAUGAAAGGCCCCAUAGCUCGAUGGCCCUAAUAAGUAAGCCCUGAUUUGUCGCAACCCACUUUUUUCGUAGGCAGCGCGAGUCCGGGGGGCGCGGGUGGCUCGGGGGCUAUCUCGCUUACGACCGGAACGGCAGGCGCGGGCGAUUCAGGUGACGUUCGUCUCUCGACAGGCGCAAGUAGCAAUGGCAACACGGGGUCUAUAAAUGCAACUGUGCAGACAUCUAGCACUGGACAUGGUGGCAACAUACAAAUGAGCGCAGGCUACCUCCGGUGUCGUUGCAAAUCAACCCCUCCCCUCUCGCGCAUGUGGGGGCGUCCCUGGGCUGUGCCAAAUUUGACAGCAUGCCGUCGUUUUUCGCAGGCGACGGUAAGCGCGGCGGUAACGUGUCAGUUGCCUCGGGAGCUGGGACUCAAUCUGGGGGUAGCCUCACCUUGCUGUCACGAGGUGGGGGAAAUUUUUCGGUUGUCGUUGGCGAGGCGACGUCGGGUCUUGGGGGGUCAAUUAGGGUCUGCGCUGGUUCGUCGCAGAAUGGAGGCGGAGGUACUAUAAAUAUGACUGGUGGAAGCGGUGACGGUCGGGGUGGCGCCAUUCAUAUUUCAGCAGGACGUAGUUCUGAAAGUGGAGGAGACGCCGAGAUCCGAUCUGGCGAUGGACGACGAUCAGGAUGUCUCAACUUCACAACUGGCAAAGCAAGUGUACAGUCUGGAGAUCUCACAAUGUCGUCUGGAAACGCCACCACGACGUCAGGGAGGGUGUUGAUCUGCUCUGGAGAAUCAACCCUAGGUGCUGGCGACAUAUCUGUGCGAGUGGGCCAGUCGUGCAGUGGACCAGGCGGAACCCUGGAAGUCCGCGCGGGUAGUUCAACCAGCAACACUGGUGGUUCUGUUCGGGUUGCGGGCGGAUCAGGAUGCGGUGGUGGAAACGUUACAAUAGAAGGCGGGACAAGUACCCAAGCACAAGGGGGGAGUGUGUCGAUGCAAUCAGGUGUUGGCAUGAUAAAGUCAGGUGACGUUCGUAUUACCACACCGCCUGGAUCGGAUGGGCCUGAUGACAACGAUGCUCAAAGUCAUGGGAAUAUUUGCCUGUGUACCGGUGAUGUGAACUCCGGCCAGUCUGGCGCCAUCCAAGCACACACUGGGGCUUCCGAUGGGUCAAUGUCUGGAGCCAUAGAGCUACUGGCGGGAACCUCGGGCCAUGGGCAUGGCGGUAACGUCGUUUUCGCAGCAGGAGGCGCGCACGCCUCCGACGUCCAGUUGAGUGAUGUAGAGGCUAGCGUGGGAGGCGACCUGCUGCUCAGAGGAGGCUCUGGUGUCACCGGAGGCGGAGUCGAAAUCCAAGGCGGUGACGCAACCGACAACCACGGCGGUAACUUGAACAUCAAGGGGGGAGAUUCCAGGCAGGACGACGGUGGUUCCAUAAGCGUAAACGCAGGCAGGUCUUUCUCCGAAACGGACGACUCUAGUGAAGGUGGCAGCCUGGAAUUUACAUCUGGCGCGGGUGUAGCGGGGGGUAAUCUCAUAAUCAAUGCAGGUGCUGGGAGCGCUUGCGGUGGUGGCGUAAGCAUAGCAUCGGGCGACGGCGCAGCGGGUGGUGAUAUAAAAGUGGCAACGUGUGCAGCGUGUGGUACCGUGGACAGCCAAUCUGGACAUCUAAGCUUUGAGACCGGAGAGGGUGAUAUGAACUCAGGUUCAAUACGUUUGCACACUGGCAAAAGCACGACGACCGGUGGUGGUGGUAUCAGCAUGUCGGUCGGUGAGGGAAUGUCGGGUAUUGGUGGUGCUAUAAUCAUGCAGGCGGGCGCGGGCGGAACCGGAGGUACACUACGACUGGUCGCCGGGAAUGGGACCGAGGCAAGUGGCGGUGACCUCAGUCUUGGCGCAGGUAGCACGACUCAGGGGACGGGUGGGUCGGUUGCCAUCACCUCGGGCAGAAUUACUGGCAACACGGCAAGCAAUCAAGCGAGUUCAGGCGAUAUAAACGUCGUGAGUCCACCUGCGCUAGGUCACACCGGUGCGCUCGAACUAAAAACCGGUUCCUCGGCUCUUGGGAACGCAGGUUCAAUCAGUAUUAGUACUGGCGUUGCCCAAGAAGCCGGGUCUGGCUCUAUUUCCAUAGCCGUCGGCUGUGCGACUGGUGGUGUCGGUGGUGACUCUAACCUGACGGCUGGCCGCUCUCGUGACGAAUGUGGGCGUGGUGGCAGUGUUCAUCUUAGGGCUGGUAGCGGAGGAGUUGGCGGUGACAUGGUCUUGUCAGCCGGUGACGGCGAGGUGGAAACUGGAGGCCGUGUGUGCUUUCGUGGUGGAAAUGGGACGGCUCACGGUGGUGCGCUGCAUCUAGAAGCUGGUGGUGCAACCGAGGGUGCUGGCGGCGAUGCAGACUUUCUAGCAGGCUUUGGAUCAGUCGGGGGGUCCUUUACUAUCCAAGCCGGAGCGGGAGCUGAUGAUCAAGGCGGCUCAGUGGCGAUUCAGUCCGGCACCUCGGUAAUGGGGCCAUCAGGUAACAUCACGUCUCGCAGUCCCGCGCCUUAAAAAAAGUGUUACACAUAGAGCCCACAACCGCAGUUUUAACAGCUGGCGGGGGAUCAGACAGUAUCAACACUGUUGUACCUACUAUCUGCCCUCAUCCAAUUUUUCUUACUUAUCACGUCCUUAUGACUUGUUGACUUGUAGGUUGCGUACUCCUUCAUCUUUAUCUUCGGGAUCGAUUAAUUUUACAACCGGUGCGGCAACGGGCACGACGGAUAAAGGAGAUUCAGGUUUAUUUUGCUUCCGCACGGGCGAUGCCGUUACGGGCCGGGCUGGUGGUAUUAAAUUUUCAGUCGGCUACAGUAGCUCUGGUGCCGGAGGCGACGUGGAAUUACAGGCCGGAACUGCUCUCGGAGGCAACGGCGGCGCCUUGUGCCUGUGCGCGGGCUCUGGCACUGCGGGCGGAAGUGUGACUCUUGCUAGUGGAUCUGGGAAAAUGGCGGAAGGAGGCGACCUGUGCCUCGCAUCUGGCGCAUCCGCCACAGGCUCUAGUGGCGAAAUUCAGAUCCAGAGCGGCGACAGUCAGGCAGAGACCGGCACGAUGUCAAUCUCCACUGGUCUAUACUCCGGCGUCCUUCGUUUGCUUGUUUCAAAGCCCAUAGACGUUCGGACAUUGCCUGUAUCUGAGAACUUCGCACAUAGGUGAUAGUAUGAAUGGUGAUUCGGGCGGACUCUGGAUAUCAACUGGCAGCUCCUUUCAGGGCAAUGGUGGCGCACUCUCGCUUCGAGUCGGUCGUAGCGACCUGGGAAUAGGUGGAAGCAUUCAAGUGUCAGCCGGAAACUCGUCGACCUGCGCAGGCGGUCAUCUAUCAUUUGUCGCCGGCCAUUCUAAUUCGGAGUCUGGAGCUGGUGGCGGGGUGUCGAUUAGAGGAGGUUCGGGAAAGACGUCGGAGGGGGGUGGGCUUAGAAUACUGGGUGGAAACUCGAAUGCGCAAUGUGGCGCAGCUGUGACACUGCGAGCGGGUGACUCACUUAGCGAGAGCGAAGCAGGGUGUGCGGGCAACGCCUCCAUCGCAGCAGGCAGGGGUGAACAGGGGGGGAGCCUGUUGGUCGAGGGCGGCCUGGGCCGCGGCGGCGGUGGUGCCGUAGAGAUUCGGUCCGGUCCAUCAACGGACGGCAAGGGUGGCGAUGUGUCGAUAAUGACAUCACCAGCCCAGACUUCAUCGGGAAAUUUGCUGUUUGAGACAGGCCAAACAAAUAGUGGCGACAGCGGGAGCGUCGCCAUGACCACGGGCCCGGCAACUUCCGGAUCUGCAGGAGGGAUUUUCUUGUCAGUUGGACUGAGCGAUGGCUCUCAGGGGGGCGAGAUUCGCAUAGAUGGCGGUGAUUCCUCUGCAGGCAAAGGAGGGCAGGUGGAGCUUAGAGCCGGGAAUGGGGCGGACUCAGGAGGAAACAUGACCAUGACCGCAGGCGAUGCCAUUGAUGGUUCCGGAGGCGCCAUGACCAUAUCAAGUGGCACCUCCUCUUCAGACCAAGGAGGUGAUGUCAGCGUGUCAACGGCACAGGCAAACUGCGGCUCAGGCUCCGUUGCGAUUUGCACAGGGGAUGCUGGGGAGGGCGAUUCUGGUAAGAUCCGCAUCUCGAGUGGGUCAACCGCGUCCGGUGCAUCUGGGUCUGUCUCCAUCGAAGUUGGGCUUUCGACAUCUGGCCGGGGGGGGGGCGCAUACAUCUACGCCGGAAACUCAAGUGAUGAUGAAAUGGGAGGGGGUAUUACUAUGUCAUCAGGCAGCGGCGAGAUCGGCGGCAGCCUAUGCUUGGUCUCUGGCGAUGGCUUGGACGGACGGGGUGGCGCCGUCGCCAUCGCCGCAGGAUAUGCUGCGGAGGGCAACGGUGCAGGCGUCUCGGUGAUUGGAGGAUCUACGGAGGGCGAGGAUGCAAAGGGGGGCACUACAGCCAUUGAGGGUGGCGCUGGCAUGUCGUCAACAUCGGAGGGUGGUAAUGUUGAAAUAAGGGCCGGUGGAUCCAGCACAGCAACAGGUGGGGAACUUUGUCUGUUAUCUGGCUACAGUGAAAAGUCUGCCUCUGGUGAUGUGACCCUUGCAAGCGCCAACGCUGGGCGAAGUGGCGCGAGCGGUGCGCUGCUGCUUCAAACUGGAGACGCGAAAGAGGGAUCGUCUGGAACUAUCGAUAUUCUCUCGGGCGAAGGUGCUGGCGGUCGCGGAGGCCAAAUCACGAUCAUGGUUGGUACGGGCGACAGUGGCACGGGAGGUAAUGUGGAAAUGUAUGCCGGAGACUCUACAGCAGGGGAUGGCGGUGAGAUCAUACUUGCUUCGGGCGAAGGCCUUUAUGGUACCGGAGGGGGCCUCUCGUUUGUUGCCGGGAGUGGAUCGCCGGGAGGCGACAUCUAUAUCUCCUCCGGACAAGGGUUGAAGUCAAGCUCAGGGCGCCUCUACAUGUGCACAGCCAACGUGCUCAGUAAAGGCUCUUCUGGCUCCAUAUCCUUGACGACCGGUUCAACAAAUGAUGGAAACACGGGUGCGAUCUUAUUGUCGACAGGUACAGCCUCGGGUGGAAGUGGUGGCUCUAUAUUUAUCCAUGCUGGCUGUGGCGAAACUCGAGAUGGAGGGGGCGUCGAACUAAUAGCAGGAGAGUCUGAGAUCGGCACGGGAGGGGAGGUCUUUGUGACAACGGGAUACGGGCAAGAGACCACAUCUGGAGCUAUGACCUUGCAAACGGCGAACUCAGGGAUAACAGGAGUCUCGGGCGGAAUGGUUGUCUCGACGGGCGACGCAAGUGAAGGGAACUCGGGGCAGAUCCAGAUGACUACGGGCAUUGCAGAGUCUGGGUCAGGGGGGAGCGUGUCCGUCGAGGUCGGAGGGGGG